UAUGACAAUGACUGAAUCGCAAACAUUGGUUGCUGUUGCAGCAGUAGCAAUGGUCGCAGUUGCAACGAUGAUGAACAUGGUAUCAAUAACAACGACAACAACGACAACAACCUCUCCAAACAUUGCACCAGUGAUUACAGCGAAUGUCCCUAUAGAAACUACCACAGCUCCAAGUCCAUGUGCAUCAGCUCCUUGUCUGAAUGACGGUACUUGUCAAAGGCUUGGUAGUGGCUUUCAGUGCAAUUGUGCAACUGGAUUUAAUGGUAUCACGUGCGCAACAGAAGUUACUAAUGGCAAAAAAUAGUUUUCGUUGACCAGGCGUUAGAGAGACAUGCAUUCGUCAAACUGUGUUAUAGUUAUUUACCUAACGAUAUAGUGUCAUUGAAAUUUAGAAAAAUC